AUGGCGCUCACCCCCAGCACAGUCCCAGAGGUCAAGAAGGAGGCGGGCGAGAACGCGCCGGCGCUGAGCGACGAUGAGCUGGUGAGCAUGUCGGUGCGGGAGCUGAACCAGCACCUGCGCGGCCUCUCCAAGGAGGAGGUGACGCGGCUGAAGCAGCGCCGGCGCACGCUCAAGAACCGCGGCUACGCCGCCAGCUGCCGCAUCAAGCGUGUGACGCAGAAGGAGGAGCUGGAGCGGCAGCGGGUGGAGCUGCAGCGCGAGGUGGAGACGCUGGCGCGUGAGAACAGCAGCAUGCGGCUGGAGCUGGACGCGCUGCGCGCCAAGUACGACGCCCUGCAGACCUUCGCGCGCACUGUGGCCGCACGCGGCCCCGUGGCGCCCUCCAAGGUGGCUGCCACCAGCGUCAUCACCAUCGUCAAGUCAGCGGAGCUCGCCGCCCCGUCUGUGCCCUUCUCGGCCGCGUCCUAG